AGAGUACAGCUUUACAAAACAAAAGGAAAAAAGCGAGCCUUUGAACAGGAAGUAAAUGCUACUGUUUGGAGGUUAUUCAUUUCUGAAGUGCAGCAGGACACAGCUGAAGGAGUUCUUUGCAAGUAAAUUGCUGCUCUCUUACAAGUAGGAUUAAGACGUCUGUCUGUUUCUGUGAAGUACACGUUGUGCUGUUAGUAAAACAGAGCAAUGAAACUGGAGGUACCAGAAACAUUUGAAGAUGUUGCUGUUGAGUUUUCAAGAGAAGAAUGGAAAAUGCUAAGUAAAGAAGACAAGUGGCUCCAUCGAGAGGUGAUGGUGCAGAACUAUGAGCACAUGGUGUCAAUAGGAUACGACAUCCCAUUAGAGAAACUGUUGCUGCUAAUUGAAAUUCCUAGUGAACACCCUUGUAUUAGUGUUGAAGAUGGUGUGAUGACACUCCAGACUGAUCUUCUUAAAAUUCCUCAAACCAUCAGCAGGUGGGUGAAAUGUGAGAUUCAGAGUCCAAGAGCAUCACCGAAGGAUUGUAUGAAUUCUGAAUACACCAGAAACUUUGCAGAUAAUAGAACUGUUGCAAGAUAUGGGAUCAACCAUGCAGGAGUUGAGCUCCAAAAAUGUCUGGAGUAUAAUACAAACUUAAACCAGAAGAAUGGGUUAAAAUGUUUUCUGCAGAUUUGUAAAACCAACAAAAUGUACAGCUAUGAUAACUGUAAAAGUAGUCUCAUGUUUGCAUUUACUGAGAAAAAGAAUUGUAAUACAAUAACCACUAAUGGAAUUAGGAGCAAGUUAUGCUCCCACCGUAGUCUUAACAGUUUCAGAAAGUAUAGAGGAAUUAAAAAAUGGAAGAAAUAUAAGAACAGCCUAGCAACAGCACAAAAAUUAUUAACUGGAGGGAAGCCCUAUAAAUUUGGCACAUAUAUCAGGAGCUUCACAGAUAAAUACAAGCGUAGACAACACACAGCUGCUCACAUGAAGGAGAGGCCACACAAAUGUGCUGCCUUUCACAAGAGUUUUACAUGGAAGAGUAAUUUUGCACUGCAUGAGAGUAUCCGCAGAGGAGAAAAGCUACACCAGUGUGCCACAGAUGGAAAGAGUUUAAGCUGUAAGCAGAGCCUAACAUACAAUGAAAAAAUCUCCAGAGGGGAAAAGCUAUAUCAAUGUGUCACUUGUGGCAAGACUUUCAACAGAAAGAGUAGCCUCACAAACCAUGAAAGAAUCCACAGAAAGGAGAGGCCUUAUACAUGUAGCAUUUGUGGCAAGAGCUAUCGUGUGAAGGCCAAACUUCCAGUCCACGAAAGAAGCCACAUUGAUGAGAAGCCAUAUGAAUGUACAGUUUGUGGCAAGAUAUUUACUAAAAAGUGCAGCUUCUCAUACCAUGAAAAAAUGCAUGCUGGAAACAAAUCCUAUACAUGUACUACAUGUGGCAAAAGUUUUAUACAGAAAGGGGAUCUAACAGUGCACGAGAGAAUUCACACAGGGGAAAAGCCUUAUAAAUGUACAACUUGUAGCAAAAGUUUUGCACACAAAGGCCACUUGACAGUCCACGAGAAAAUCCAUAAUGGAAAUAAAUCCUAUAAAUGUACCACAUGUGGCAAGAGUUUUACACAGAGAGGUGACCUUACAGUACAUGAGAGAAUUCACACAGGGGAAAAGCCUUAUAAAUGUACAACUUGUGACAAGAGUUUUACACACAAAGGCCACUUGACAGUCCAUGAGAAAAUCCAUACUGGAACUAAAUCCUAUGCAUGUACCACAUGUGGCAAGAGUUUUAUAGAGAGAGGUGGCCUUGCAGUGCAUGAAAAAAUCCAUUCUGGGGAAAAGCCUUAUACAUGUGCAGUUUGCAACAAGAGCUUUACACAGAAAGGACACCUCACAGUCCACGAGAAAAUCCACACUGGCAGUAAGUCUUACAUUUGUACGUUAUGUGGCAAGAGUUUUGUAAGAAAGGACCAUUUGGCUGUGCAUGAAAGAAGCCAUGUGAAGUAAUGAACUCUGCAUCAUCCAGUCAUUGUUGUUGUACCCCUUUUGUGCAUUUUUACAUGGGGGUUGGGGUGUCAGUGUGACCCAGUCACCUAGAACCAAUUUUACAACUCUAGGUGGCUAACCCUAAUGUGGAUGUCAGUAACAACUCUUAAAAUAGAAGCAAGAAUACUAGACAUUGGACUUCAAGAAAACAAUGCAAAGGUAGCAUUAAUUAUUAAACAGCUACACCUAAUGACUGUAACAUAUUAUGCACUGAAACACAAAGUUAUAAAAUCCAAAGAUAAACUAAAUCAAUUUGGAUCAAAGGUACUCGGACAGUUACUGUGAUACCUGGAACACUGGUGAUGAGAGAGUUUCCAGGCAUAUCUGAAUAUGCUACCAGUAUAGGUGAUCCCAUUUGAAGUACAGAAAGAGACAGUCUUAGAUACUCCGCAGAUGCUGUGAAACGCAGUUUUUGCAAAGAACAAACACUGAGGGGAAAAUUAUUCAACAAAAUUAGCUAUAUUCUGACUUAGGAAUGGGGUUUAUGUCUGCCAAGUCAUUAAAAGCCUUAAACAUUCUGAGAAACUAAAAUAUACAAAAGCAUGAAUUCUGUAAAUGUACCUCUUGCAGUAAGAGUUUCACAGAGAGAGAGAGAGUGGUAGCCUUGCAGAACAUUUAAACUCUCUGAAAUCCGAUCCCCAACAAAUCCUGUGUCCAAGAAGUGAUAAGAAAACAUGUCGGCUGUAAAACUGUUUUGUUUGUUUGUGUCUUUCGGCUUUUCCCAGUUAGGGGUCACCACAGCGGAACUCCGGUCCGCUAAUGAUUGGCAGUAGAGUUUUACGUGCUGGCUUGCCGGGCCUAACGCACAACCUUCAAUGAAGGAAGGCCCGAGUUUAGAAACUCCAUUUGAAAAGUUGUUUGAAAACCAAGAUAUUGUUAUGCCUACAAAGAAAGAGCAUCAAACACAACGCAUUAAAGGAAUUCUUAGGCAAGAAAACUAUACCCUAAUGAAGUCUUUAUGGACUUAAUAGAAAUGGAUAGAUAUGUGUGACAAAAUCAGGCUAUGGGAAGUGAAAAUGACACAGAUUCUCAGAAAAUUAGUAAAAUAAAUUUCAGAAUUAUAAUCGAGAGAGAUCUAUAUGAUAUAGUAUAGAUUAACAUAAUGUAUUAUUGUGCAUCCAGCCUAAUAAAAGAUCUAUUUAUGACUGGGAAAAUGCAGAGUCGUAAAUGAAAAGAAAUGUACAAACAGAAAAUUACUAUGGAACUGCUGAUUAGGUCCAACUAUAAGACAAUUAAGAAGUGAAGUAUCAUUUGAAGAAGGUUGAAAAAAGGAAUGGGUCAGGUAGUUUAGAGUACCGAAAGAAAAGUGCGGCACAAAAACAGAUGGAUAUUUAUGUUGUACUGUAUUUAAUAACAGGUUAAAACAUCUCUAAAUGCAAAAAGAUGGACAAAGAAACAGAGAAAAAAUGUAAAACAAGUAGUUUAGGGAUGACCUGAAGAAAUUCUCUUAGGAGCUGAGAAAGAAAACGGCAAUUGUUGUGAAGACACAUAAAAUAGGAAAUAUAACUGUUAUUCUGGAGAAAUGUCUGUGAAGAUGCCAUGGAACACAGUAAUGAUGCUAGAUAGAUAAAACAUGUAAAAAGUUACAAAACGGAGGGUAUGGAGUAGAAAUGAAAUAACUGCUAGUGAACUUGUGACAAGGAUGCAAUACCCAUAUUAUGUCUAAAGACCUAACAACUUUCUUCUAUUAUAUUUAUUCAGGAGUAAAAAGGGACUGUGCAGUCUGACGUGGCAGCAGACUUUUUAAUACUGGCACGCCUCUACUUAAAAGUCAAAUCUUUAACCCAUCCUAAGCUCUAAUAACAAAUAAUUUUCUUCCAACUUGUUUUAUUUUAUUUCUAUUUAUUGCAUUUGUUUACCAGGAAAGUCCACUGGGCCUAAAAGAGCCA